CCUUAGUAGAUUCACGCAACACCACCAACACAUAUUUAAGUCAUAAGUCACAGCCAUUUAAGGAAUGAAUUGUGUGGUUGAUAAUUUGAUAUUAUUAUCUUUUUCUACCAAUUAGAAGCAUACAUUUCUUAUUUCUUAAUUAAUGUAUUAAGUGAAGGUGAGAAGAAGAUUUAGGAUCUAUUGUACUAAUAAAGAAGAGGGAGUAUCUAUAUACCAAAUUGACAAUUGUGAACUUGAAAUAGGUUCGUGUGAGAAUAUGAUUAUUCCGGUUCUGUUUGGAAUUUGAGAAUCUCCUUUGCCCCUAAUUAAGGGGUUUCAAUUGUGAAUAUUUUAAUUGUGAAUAUUUUAAUUGCAUAUUCAUUCAGGGGUUUCUUAGGAUGUUUUAACAUCUUUUUUCUUUUUCGGAUUUCAGCUUUGUAUGUUAGACUUAUCUGCCAUAUAUGGAGGUGAAUGACAGAAUUAGUGGACUUCCUCUGGACAUACUUGCCCAUAUUUUGGGAUUACUGCGGAUCGAAGAAGCCGCUAAACCUGCCAUUUUGUGUACGAGCUUAAGAGAUGCUUGGUUAGGCCUUACACACCUCAACUUUGAUAGCGAGUUCUUCAAUUACAUUCGGGACCGUUACAUGGCAGAAUCAACAAUGUCCAUAAUCGACACAAUUAUCAUCAAGCACAACGGACCUAUUCAAAAAUUUGUGUUUGAUUUUAACUUCAGAACUGUUAAGAAGAAGUUGAGGUGGUUCGACUUUGAUGAAUGGUUACUUUGUCUCACCCAAAAUGGUAUAGAGGAAAUACACCUGUGUUUCAGCGGAUAUACUGCAUACAUAUUGCCAGAGUUCAUAUUUUCUUGCCCAACACUAAAGACGUUGCAUCUUUCAGGAGUCUUGUUUGAACAAAUUAGCACCCCUUGCAUAUUCCCGAAUGUGACUUCACUCUUCUUAAAAAACGUCAGGUUUGAUGAUAGAAAAUGUUGUGCUGCUGAACUUCCUGUGCUCAGGAAUCUAACGUGUGAAAGCGUUUCUGGUUGUAUCUUUACUGCCCCAAAGCUAAGAAGUUUGAAAUUUAGUGUUGAUCAUGAUUCUACCAUUGCUGGAAGAAACCAUUCUCUCAUUCUUCCAGUAAAGUUAGACUUGAGAACUAUACACUCUCUUCAUCUUGAAGGUACUGACCUUGAGUGGUUUGUUGAAGAAUUAUAUAGGGUGGGUCAAGAACGAACUACACCAAAUGUGGAACACUUGCAGCUACGCUUGAUGUAUGGCUCAUAUUUCGAUAACAUAUCAGCUUGCUUUCAGUUGCUGCAGAUGUGCCCAAAGUUAACCAAACUUGACAUACAUUUAAUGUUCCGGGCAGUUGAAAGUGAAAAUGAACUAUUGGAGCUCCCUAACCAUACUUUGGCUCAAACAUUCAAUUCAAUUCGAGAAUUAAGUAUUGUUUGCAGCCGUUUAAAAGGGUCAAGACAUGAAAUGGUUUUCAUCAAAUGGCUUCUUCAUCGCUUUCCUGCACUUGAGAAGGUUGUCCUUUUUCAACCAAAUUGGUAUUGGGGCCACAAUUUGUGCGAACAUAUGGAGACACUUUUGUGCUUUCUGCGUGCCGAUAUAGAAGUAGAAAUGUCUUAUGUUAAAAAAAUGCCAAUUGAAUAUACUAGCAUACAAAAUGUAGUUAUUUUAAAGUUCAUCUCUCCAUAGUUAUUAAUUUCGAGUUCGUUGAAUUGUAAAUGAGUACCUCUACUUAAGAAUGGAUAUGUAAACUCUUGCUUAAGUCGUAUUUUCCCACACUCGAUUCAUUAUAACUUCA